AUGAAAGGCCAGAUACUGAUUGUGGAAGAUAUAUCAAAAGAUUUAGUGGAAUUCUUAGGAUCAAGCCUCAAUAUCGACCCGCUUUUUUUCGCUUCGCACGUCUUUGCCGCAUAUAGGAAUACUAGCAUGCAAACUCCCGAUCUAGCACUGCUCCCAUCUAGAUUUCAAUCUCAGCAGUAUUUCAACACACACUAUCACCGAACCGUGCAGCUGCGGCAGAAAGACGAAUGCUUAGGGAAGAAACAUCUCAUACGCGCGACCAAUAUAAGUAGGAAACUUGCCAUUUUACCUCCUACGCAUAAUAUAUCAAUUGGCUUGGCAGGAUUGGCACCUUCUCGCCAUGGAAUGCUGGAAGAUCUAAUAUAUUACUGGAAUUUGAAAUUGCCGACUGAUUUUGAUCCCACUUCACCUACGCUACUGUCUCUGUGCUUUUACCCGUUGAGAAUCAUUGCGGCCGAGUGGGCGAACGUUCUGGCUGUGAUGAAUUACCAUAUGAAGAGAUACGAGUACAGCGUCGAGGGUCAAAGAAUUCUAAGCCAAGAUCUCGACCUGCUCAACACUGAUUUAAAUAGUCUUCAACGCUGGCGCCGAAGAAAUCUUUCAUCACAGCGGAAAAUAGAUGCGAUCAGCCGGUUCGUCACUUCUCAAAUGGCUAGUGAAUCACAAAUUGACGCAGACGUACCCCGAAAUAAUUAUGCGGACUCUGAUUAUCUGGUGAGCGAUUAUGCUCAUCUUACCUCCCGUCUAAACCAGUACUCCCAGCGACUUGAAAGCAUGUUACCAGUGGUCAUGUCUCUGGUACAAAUAUCAGAUAGUCGUCGAUCGCUGGCCGAAGCUGCAAACAUUAGCCGACUAACUUAUCUCGCUUUUGUGUUUGUUCCACUCAGUUUUGCGAGCAGUUUGUUUAGUAUGAACCCUGAUACUAGUCCUGGCGGCAAUCAUUUCUGGGUUUAUUUUGCCGUUGCCCUGCCGAUCACAGGCGCAGCCUUUUUUAUAGCUCGGCCGCCUUGCUCUCUACGCCUUUGGCGAAAUCCUCGGGUUAAAAGUGGGAUCAGUGAAGUUUGA